UUAUAUCAGUGAAUUCGUAUUCGAAUGAAGUUUUCAAUUAUAUAAUUUUUUCUUCGGCCGUAGUUGAUCUCAUUCGUUAAAUUUAUGGUCAAAGUUGAACCUCGGAAAGCACGGGCACACUAUAUUUUGGAACGGAGUGAGUAUACGGCGUGGCAGCGUAUGGUACAGUGCCUGGGCGCGGGCCCGAAUCGUAGGUGUAGGUGAACGUCCCGUGUGCUUAUAAUUCUGGUCCGUUGACCAGAUAGUUUACCUGUAGGCUGAGCCGUGGAGCAUGGGUUUGGCUCAGGAUCGCGUGUCUCGACGGCGUGUGUGACAGACGAUUGUGGGGCCACAGUUAUGGAGAGGCAGCUGCCGACAACUGAAUCCCGCAAACCCUUCCUCUCGGCGGUUCUCGAAACCAGCCACCGCCGCGGGGCAGCUAUAAUCCAUCCCCAUUGCCAUCGAAGGCUGUUGCGGUAAGCGAUGAUGGAGGACGCUGGCCUGGACUUCCUGCUGGACGCGGUCGACAGGUAAGAGAACUGUGCCCAAAUUCGAGAUCUAUCGUUUUUUUUUGGCGGCGAGGAGGAUACUGGUCGACGCGUGAAUAUUUGGUGCUCCUCAGCGUCUUGGACAUGUAUUUGCAGAUUUCCCCUAUGUAAAGACUUCGCGGAUUGCUUGGAGCACCCAGAUCCGGUUCCUCUGGCGCGGAUUGAUGCGCCGAGCGUUCAGCAGUCUGAAUCAAACGCUGGUUCAGGGUGCGGGCAGCCAGUUGGCGGCUGUAGCCAGGAGCGGCAAGCAGGCGAUGGGCGCCGUCGCCGCGAGACAUCUCCGGCGAGGUCCGCACAGUCAACAGACCAGUCUUGCAAGGGUGAACCCGGAGGCGCCGGGGUGGACAAAAAGGUUCUGUAACCAUUGCAUUCCGUCUGCUCUGAAUUUUUUCCUGGAGUGCAACUCCAUUUGUCCUAGUACGGAGUGUAGUUCGCUGCCAUGUUAUCUAUAACGAACUGUGACAGACUGACAGUAAUUGUUUUUUGAUGAACGGUUGGCAGAUACCAGGCAUGCUGAAUGUUGUCUCCGGCAGGGGAUUAGUCACUCGAUUUUAGGCAUGUCAACAAAGGUGCAUGUAUAGGUUGCGUCUUGACGGUGCGCCACCAGACAGAACCCCGCGUGCAUCAAGGAUGAGUGCUCUAGAGACGUCGUUUCACAAGUUUGCCGAGGAACCAACGAAAGGAUUAAAUUUUGAUUCACUUGGUGAGGCGUAUAACUUCUACAAUUUGUACUCAAGGGAGAUCGGCUUCGGGAUAAGAUAUGGGAAAAGCAUGUUGAAUGCAGAGAUGACGAAAUCAAUGCAGAAGAUUGUUUGCGGCUGCUCGGUAAGAUGUUCAAGCAGCUUUGUUGCAGUAUAUGGAAGUGUUGGGAGUAGUCUAGGAAACAUUCUUGCAGAUUGGUUGGGUUUCGAGGACUGUCAGGGAAACAUUCUUGCAGGGGGGCUGCCUGGGAAUGGUGAAGUUACAAUACUAGCAAACGGUGGUGCUGACUGCGAAAUGGGCCCAACUCAGUCGGUCAGUGUGAAUGCCCUAGUAGGAUUAGCUUCACCAGAUAAGCAAAGAGGGGCUGGCAGGCCAACCGCCAACGAAUAGCUGAGAUAAAGCACCAUAUGAGGGUUUGAGCAGGUGAACACGGUUCUGCAGUAUUUGUAGGUGCGAAGGACACAAGAGGACAACCUGCCCCGACCAGGGAGAUGCCGCGAAGAAACGGCGCAGACCAGGGAAGUGCAAAAAAUGUGGCAUGAAAGGACAUCGCCGGAACACGUGCACGCGACCACUUGGUGGGGUGCAGAAUCAAAAUUGUUAAAACUAAUUAGUUUUAAAUUCUGUACUUGUAGUAUGAGGAUUUUCCGGUGUAUUUCAGUGAGAUGUGCUCCAACGCUUGUUCUUCCAGUUCUAGACAUGCAACUAACUUGUG